GCUAUGGAAACUGUUUACAAAUGGCGGCAGUCAGAAAGAUAAUGAUCUGGCCAAGCCAAACGGCGUGUACAUAAAGUAAGCUUAAAGAUAAUGAUCUGGCCAAGCCAAACGGCGUGUACAUAAAGUAAGCUGUUUGUUUCUUACAGUUGACGAGACACUAUGUAAUAACUAAGGUAUUAAAGGGAAUCCAGCAGUAGCUGUAGGUUUAUUCAAAGGAUUUGAUUAUAAAAAUAAAAGACAUACAUACAUGUAUUAACAAAACAUUAUGGCAGACUGGGGAAGAAAGGCUGCUGGUAAAAUAGACAGGACUCAAUUCGGUAAAGAUGAACUGCUGAAAUCCUUAGGAAAUCAGUUCAAUGUUGACUUUACGGACUAUGAUCAGUGGACAAGAAAGAACAAACCAGUGACACGCCCUCCACCCCCUCCAAAAGGAAGCAAAUCUGUGACUAUUCGCCGCACUGCCAAGUCAGCUGAUAGCUGUCAGCAUGGAACGGGGCCUGGCAGGGGUGGACACAUACCCACACUGAAGGAGAAGAAACAAGCGGCUCAGAAAAAAUCACUGGACAAAGAAAGAGUGGAGAGGGUAAAAAUCAUUGAGCUGAGAAUAAGGACAAGAAAGAAGACGCUAGAAGAAUAUCAAAAGAGAUACCAUGAACUACUUGAGGAGAAUAUAAAGUUAAAGGCGGAAAUAGAUGAUGACGAAAUGCACACUAUGGAUCAUGUGAAAGGUUUGCUUCGAAGAUACGAAAAAUACAGAGGCGGUAUCACCACAAUAAAUACAAACUUUGGUAACGAGUUUGAAACUGCCCAAAGAGAGUUAGAUAUAACAACCACAUGGACAAAGAACAAACUUGGAUCUUUAAAUAAGCAGGUGUCAGAAUUAGAUGAGUAUUUGAAACAGAGACAGGAGGAACUACACGUCCUGAUGAACUAUAAGGAUAAAGAAUACCCUGUCAAAGCCAUGAAGAUAGCAACUUUACAGAAAGAUAUACAAAAUCUCAAGAUUUCAUGUCAGGAAGAUCAAGAGGACUUGGAGCAUAUAAUCUAUACAGAGCUGUCAAAGUAUGAGAAAGAGAGAACGAAAAAUGUAAAUGAAACAACGAAGGAAAUGACAGAAACAGCAAUAUCAAUGAUGCACCCCAGUCUGAAGGACAUGGCCCUACAGAAUAUGGUGAUGAAAAAGGAGAUAGAGAUGAACAAACAAGUACAGGAAGAUCUGCUCCACGACAAUCAACUACUGGAGACUGAGGUGGAGAGACUCCUUAGGGAUCCAAAGACCAACACCAGACUUCAAAUGUUUCCAGAAUUCUUCCCCACUCGAGAAAAGUGUACUCCAGACAUGGAUGUGAUUUUAGACAUACCGACACAGGAAUGGCUGCCCAUCUAGUCCCUGCCUGUUCUGUGUUACCUGCCUGGGAACCAAGUGUCGGUUUGGUUGGGUAGAUCUGCGGGUGACUAGAGGACAUCUGGGUCUCCUGAAGAUCAGGUGGAGAUUCCAUCCCAUUAACGAUGCUGCCAAUUCAUUAGUGUGGAAAAUAUAUGGUUAUAAUACUGUAUAGUUGUUCAUUGUCCUGGGUUAAUAAGGGUCCAUCCAUUUGUUUUGGAAUUCAAAAUCACUGGUAAACAUUAUGUUGUGUUUCUUAAUAAAUCAGUUUAUUUAAUUUAUGCAAUUUCUUUGUCAAUACAUAGACACAGAGAUGUAUUAUAUACAGUAUUGUCUUCAUUUAUAUGUAUUCAAACAUGUUUACAGUAUACCGUACUAUAUUGCGACUCCCCACAUUUUGCUGAGUAUUGGUUCUUAUACCAUACCAUUAUUACCGUAUUUAUCCUGCAAUAAGCCCAAGGGGUCGACACAUAAUCUCUCACUCAAAAUAGAGGGAUGGGCUUCAAAAAUAAAUUACAUGACAAUGAUAUACUGUAGCAUUAGUUUAUAUUUCUACUGAACUAAAAUAUAUAUUUGGGUGGGCUUAUUAACAGGCAUGGGCUUAUUGCCGGGUAAAUAUGGUUUAACUAUCUAUGGAAUAUAUUUCUCUUUGUUGAAUUUACUCUUUCAAUGGUGAAAAUUUUAAAAAUCCUGUUUUGUCUAUUUUUGUUUUUCUUUUCAAAAAGAGUGUUUGCAUCGGUGAUUUGAUAGUCAUUCUUGAUAUCUAUAAAAUAGAAAACUAGCAACUAUACAUUAUAUGAACCAGGGAAAACAGAAUGAUAUAGCUGCCUGAGCCAGACACCUUUUCUGUGUCAGGUGAAGAGGUUCAUUGUGGUAGUCACUGAUACUUUCAAAGUCUGCAAGGUAGUUGGUAUGUGAAUAGUGUCUUAGCGCAAUUACUCUUCAUCAAAAAUUAGUGUAACUCCUGUAGGAGAUGUAAUACUAUCAAUGUUAACUGCAAGAUUCUAUAUUAAUAUGCAAAAGUUCUUCAACAGUGGUUGAAAUGUGCAUAUUUCUUUUUGAAAUUCAAAAUUUAAUUCGGGAAUUAGUACAAUUCUUAUCAAAAUCUAACGAUUUUGAUUUGAAUUUUCCUCGUAAUACAUAAGAUGCCAUAAAUGUUAUCGGUGACAUUACUAACAAUCAUUACUGCCAGUCACAGGGUGUAUUUUGUGUAUAUUAUUGUGUUCGUAGAUUUAAGAGUACAAAAUGGGUAGGACCGUGUAAUUGCGUGACACUUGUCCAAAGACAUUUGCUUCCCAUAAAAAAUGAAAUAACAAUGAAAUUGCGUUGGUGGACAUUGCAGUUUCAAAUUUUAUAUAACUCCAACAUUUUUAACAUCACAAUUACCAAGUCUCCAGGUGGUAGUAUAGACAUGUCUUAAUACACAGGUGAUCUCAUUGACAGGUAAUUUUAUGAACAGAUGAUCUUCAUAGAGAGGUGGUAUUCAUAGCAGGUUUCACACCAAGUACAAGUGUUGAAUGUAAGAGAAAUGUAAGAGGUGAAUAAAAAAUGUGUUAAAGUAA